UUGGGGAAGAGUUGGAGACGUGUUGAGUGGUGGAGUAACAAGCUUGCCUCUUUUGUUGCUGAACAGACUAUACAUACUGUUAACAAAAUACGAUUUUUCUUGGCUUUUGUGGGGAGUCUUGUGGAUCUCAUUGUCUUCGCGCGAAUUUACGAUACAGGUUUCAGGUGUAAUUUGAAACUCGCCCGCCUUCCGCUUUGCGGCGGUGGGUGACUGGUCGAUCUUUAUUUCCCAAACCGGUUGGACAGGAAGACCGCACCUGCGAAGAGAAAGGAGAGGCUGGUCGACGGAGAGUCUUUCAUUUUGACUUGAGCUGUUCGUGGAGGGCGUUUGAAGAACAGAUUCUGGAAAUCUAGUGGUUUAACUUUGUGGAACUUCUUUUUUUGGUUCACAAACAUGCAUUCAUCGGUGGUGUUGCUUGUUCUGUCUUUUAUAGCAGCAGCCUUGGCGCAAGAUUGCCAGCCAUGUGCGACAAUGAAAUGGGCUACGUGCGAUGGCGCUGGCUGUCCUUGCACCUUGCUCGUCGGAGAGAAUGUCAAGCAGAGUGUGAACUGUUCUGUCUUGGUCCCCAAGUGCUUUUUGAUGAAGGCGGAGAUGUACCGGGCGAAGAAAGGGUUGUCUACUCGCUCAAUCUCUGGGAAGCCCACUGAGCACGCCUUUGUGGAUAAUGAUGGAAUCUAUGAUCCUGAGUGUGAGAACACCGGCAUCUUCAAAGCCAAGCAGUGCAACAACACUGACACAUGCUGGUGUGUCAACAGUGCAGGUGUGCGCAGAACCGACAAGGGAGAUAAAAACCUCAAGUGUGAGAAGCUGGUUGAUACUUAUUGGAUAAGGACUGAACUCAAACAUAAAGAUGUGCAAGCUGAUCUUGACGCUAACAUCCUGAAAAGUGCCAUCGCAGAUGCCAUUCAGAAGCGUUAUAACCUGGACAAGAAACUUGUGCAGAAAGUUGAAUAUGACAAAAACAGCAAAACGAUUGUUGUAGACCUGCAGAAGGAGAAAAAUGGAAAGGAGGACCUUGCUACUGUGGCUUACUACAUGGAGAAAGAUAUCAAGAUCCUGCCUCUGUUCACUAGUGAAUCCAAAUUCACACCAAGAAUUGGAACCCAGGACCUGGACUUUUCCAACAUCCUGAUCUACUAUGUUGAUAGUGAACCUCCCACCUUCACAAUGAAGAGGCUGACCGGGGGUGUCAUUGCAGUCAUUGUGGUGGUCAUUCUGGCAGUAGUUGCUGGGCUCGUUGUGCUGUACCUUGCCAGGAGGAGAGAGCGUGCCAACUACCAGAAAACUCAGGUCAGGGAGAUGGAUGAGAUGCAGAAGUCCCUCUCGUGAUCUUGAUAAGUUGGUCCUUUGCCUCUGGAGAAAGAAGAGUAUAAACAUGACCAUAUACCGAAAAUCCACUUCUGUACACAUUCUCACUAAGGACAUUCCUUUUUAAUUUUUUAUUUGAGGACUUAUUGGAACAAGACUAUGUACUAUGCAUUUUGGGGUGUACUGUUACUUUACAAAACUAUUUAUAUGCUUUAGACUUGUAAGUUGUAAAAUUUGUCCUUAGAGUGGAUUUUGUUUUUAAAUAAGUGAAUGGCUGCAUUCAGACUUUUGUAAUAUAAAUUCCCUAUUUGUAAUUGCUGUUAACAAUUAGGUUUAGGCUUGAAUUUUUUUUUAAGGGAUGUUAUUGUACAGUUGGGGGGUAAAGGUGUAGGCAUUAAUCCAUCUGGUCUUAUGAAGUGUGAUUUAAACUGUUUUUAAAAAAACAAUAAAAGGUUAUAAAAAUGUGACUUUCA